GAGAGAGAGAUGUGGGAGCGCAGGAGGCGAACCGUCACACAGGAGCAGAGCCGGAGCGCACGACCAACGCCUCCAAACGACCCAUCCUGCGCGUCAAAGCCCGUUUACUCCACCAUUAAUGUGCGUAAUCCCCAAAUUCCAGACAACGCAGAUUAGUGUGUAUUCUGAGGGGUGGAAAAAACAACAACAACAACCCGGCUUCGCCCCCCCCCCACAACCGAUUAUCCAGCGCAAUUUCGGAAAUAACCAAAGGAGAGUUGUUACACUCCCCGAGCGCAGAGGCAUCGUGGCGGUUUCAGAAGGGGCAUGUUCGAGCGACACCGCGGACACCAGCGAACUCCUGCUUUCACCCAAAGAGGAUUCAAUGAAAAUGUCCGUGUGCGUGCAUGAGAACAGAAAAUCCCGAGCCAGCACAGGCUCCAUGAACAUCUACCUGUUCCACAAGUCCUCCUAUGCGGACAGCGUCCUCAUGCACCUCAACUCGCUGCGGCAGCAGCGGCUCUUCACGGACGUCCUGCUCCACGCGGGGAGCCGCUCCUUCCCGUGCCACCGCGCCGUGCUGGCCGCCUGCAGCCGCUACUUCGAGGCCAUGUUCAGCGGCGGGCUGAGGGAGAGCACGGCCAGCGAGGUCGACUUCCGCGAGUCCAUCCACCCGGAGGUUUUAGAGCUCCUGCUCGACUACGCGUACUCAUCGCGCGUGGUCAUCAACGAGGAGAACGCCGAGUCCCUGUUGGAGGCCGGCGACAUGCUUGAGUUUCAGGACAUCCGGGACGCCUGCGCCGAAUUCCUCGAGCGAAACCUCCAUCCGUCCAAUUGCCUCGGCAUGCUCUUGCUGUCCGAUGCCCACCAGUGCACCAAGCUGUCCGAGCUCUCCUGGGGCAUGUGCCUCAGCAAUUUUCCCGCCAUUUGCAAGACCGACGACUUCCUCCAGCUGCCCACAGAUAUGGCGGUGCAGCUGUUGUCACACGAGGAGCUGGAGACGGAAGACGAGAGACUGGUUUAUGAAGCUGCCCUUAACUGGAUCAACUACGACCUGGAGAAGAGGCACUGCCACCUUCCAGAGCUCCUGAGGACUGUCCGUCUGGCCUUGCUGCCCGCCAUCUUCCUCAUGGAGAACGUCUCGACAGAAGAGCUGAUCAAUUCCCAGCCCAAGAGCAAGGAGCUGGUGGACGAGGCCAUCCGAUGCAAGCUGAAGAUCCUGCAGAACGACGGCGUCGUCAACAGCCCGUGUGCCCGGCCCAGAAAGACCAGCCACGCCCUGUUUCUUCUGGGAGGUCAGACGUUCAUGUGUGACAAGUUGUACCUCGUGGACCAGAAAGCCAAGGAGAUCAUCCCCAAGGCUGACAUCCCCAGCCCCAGGAAGGAGUUCAGCGCCUGCGCCAUCGGCUGCAAGGUGUACAUCACUGGUGGGAGAGGCUCAGAGAACGGCGUGUCCAAAGACGUGUGGGUUUACGACACCGUGCACGAGGAGUGGUCGAAGGCGGCGCCGAUGCUCAUCGCCCGCUUCGGCCACGGCUCGGCAGAGCUGAAACACUGCCUCUACGUGGUCGGCGGUCACACGGCGGCGACCGGCUGCCUCCCGGCGUCCCCGUCCGUGUCCCUCAAACAGGUGGAGCAGUUUGACCCGGUGGCCAACAAGUGGACCAUGGUGGCUCCGCUGAGGGAGGGCGUGAGCAACGCGGCGGUGGUCAGCGUCAAGCUCAAGCUCUUCGCCUUUGGCGGAACCAGCGUCACCCACGACAAGCUGCCCAAGGUGCAGUGCUACGACCCGCAGGAGAACCGGUGGUCCGUGCCCGCGUCCUGCCCGCAGCCGUGGCGCUACACAGCCGCCGCCGUGCUGGGGAACCAGAUCUUCGUCAUGGGCGGCGACACGGAGUUCUCGGCGUGCUCGGCUUACAAGUUCAGCAGCGAGAGCUACCAGUGGACUAAAGUGGGGGACGUGACGGCCAAGCGGAUGAGCUGCCAGGCCGUGGCGUCGGGGAACAAACUGUACGUGGUGGGCGGGUACUUCGGCACGCAGCGGUGUAAAACGCUGGACUGCUACGACCCCACGCUGGAUUCCUGGAACAGCAUCACCACCGUGCCGUACUCGCUCAUUCCCACCGCUUUCGUCAGCACCUGGAAACAUCUGCCCGCAUGAGCCCCAGGCCGCGUGCCUGCAUUCUUUCCACGAGAUUCCACUUUUUUUUUUUUUGUCUUUAUCUACUGGACUCCAACUGUGAAGAAGCACCCGUUAUCUUCCUCUAAAAAGAGACGCUGAGCCGUAUCCGCCGGACAGCCGCGGCGUCCAUCUCGACGUGGCAGAGGCUGGAACAAAAGACGGGGGACGCUUUACUGGAAAGCCGUCGCCUCAUUUUCACGAGAAGGAGGCGGAGGCUCGCCGAUCACAGAUCGCGGGCAAAAACGAGCCAAGCAAACGCCGAAACCGUGUGCACAUCUGGCAUCAGGCUUCCACGCUGCAAUAUGAGGACUGCAAACAUAUCACGCGACCUGCAUUUUCCCCAAUUAGUGACAGAAGGCUCGUGAGGCUUCGUAUUGAUGUUUUUCUCUGUGAUAAAAAAAAAAAAAAAGUCAAAAACAAAAAAUACUCUUUUCAUUAAGGCUGCAAUGUAUAGCAUGAUGGAUGUUCUAUUAAUAUCCAAGGAGGGAGAAUGCAAUGAACGGUGCGCUAAAGAAAACAGGACUCAGUUUGACUGAAUGUAGCUGAUUUACAAAAAACACAAUGAAGGAGCAAAUCUCCACCUUCUCUUCUCUAAUAGGCUUUUUUUUUGUUUGACCCCUUGUGACUCUUUACUUCGCCGACCCUGAAAACAGCAAACCUACGAGCGUUCCUCCUAUGAAUUUCGGGCUUUGGCAGUUUUCUGUCACUGCGAGUUCGACGCGUUGACGACCAACACCAGCUGAAGGAUCGAGGAAGGCCGCGCUGCCCGCAGGGUCGCGACCUUACGCGUUUUGCUGUUUUUCCCAGCUACGCAUUAGCGGCCCUUUUCCAGUUAACCAACCCCGCUGCUGCGCUUCAGACACAACGCCGUCACAUUUUUCGGCUGCGGAUGCCGGGCCGGCUGCGCUCGCCGCGGUCCCGGUGAAAGCAGUUGCUCGCUCGCUGAGUCAUAGCUGAACCCUCGCUGGAGCACGUCCACCCGUAGUGGCCAUGAACUCUUCUCUGUGGUCACGGAAAUCUUGUCACCUUAAUCUAAACUGAGAACACAUCAGUUUCUCUUUAAAACUUGCUGCAAUGUAGUCUUAAUUUAUAUGACAAUGCUUGCUCUGUUAUGUUAAUAUCUUUAAUCCUAUUUAUUUCUACUCUGCCUGCGUUUUCAUGUGACUGUAUGUUGGGGUUAUGUCAUGCAUGGCCAAGUGUUUUUAUCUCGGUUGGGCUGCAUUUUGCACAAUUCCGUCUUUCCCAGGAGGACUUUUAACUUCUUUUACAAGAGUAUGUAUGGGGGGAGGAAGAGUCCUGACGGUGGGGAGCAGUUGAGGCCGCAGGGGUUCGCUGCCCCGAGGAGGGAGGCCGAAGGGGGUGAAAGAAAUUUACAUUUUUCAUUUUUAAAGACACUCUUUGAGCUCUAACGUGGGUCCAAACCCGUCUUGAAUCCCCGACAGAACCAACAAAACACAAGAUUAUGAACCCUAAGAGCUGCUGGUAGGACAUGGUAGGAAUGGGACAGUCUUUGCAGCUGUCCGUGAGACAGCUGGAGGAGUGUCUCAUGUACAAACUUGUUGACCCAGAGUCCUCUCCACCCUUUGGUUGAGAAAGAGUUGAAUCCAGUAAGCUGUGCAUUGAUAAGGGCAGACACCGCAGUGCUUUUCAUCAUAGUGUCAAUGAUGCACAAAAAAAAAAGAAGAAAUAAAACAUUGCAAGUUCCCAAAAACCAAAAAGAAAGAUUGUCUUAAACACUUGUACAUGAACUAUUUGGUGAGUCUUAAGUCCAGUGUUUUUGUCUCUGUGUCUGUCUCUGUGACCUGACGUUUUACAAUUGAAUUAUAAUGAAACCGCUUGAAUUUCAAUGUAAGGGGUAACGUGUAUAUAUUUCUUUUUUUUUCAAAUGUCCUUUCGUGCGUAUUCAUCAAACAAAUACGAUCUGUUAUGGCACGUUGAUGAGCUGCUCUGUAAAUUGCCGCUAAGCCACCCCAAAAUGUCAUCCUUUCAUUGGCCGUCUCGGGGGCCUCUGUGGAGACCCUCGGGGCUCCGUAAUGGUUGACCUGCUCCGGCCACUGAAAACAGACCCUUUGGCCCCAUCAAUCAGAUCGGAGCAUUUAUUUCCCACGGAACGCCCGGUCUCCCUGGCAACAGCGAGGAAUGAAUGCCCCCUCAAUUUGCACCUAAUUGCCGGGUGGCAUUUCCCGCUCCUCCUUUUGCUCUUCGCUUAUCCUCUGUUUUCUCUGGAAGUCCAUCUGGCUCUAAUAGGAGCAAAGUAUCUUGCCCGGGCAUAAUGAUGUAAACGAGACAGAUGCCUGUCAACGCGCGCCGGGUUUCAUUUUUCUUUUGUCAUGUAAGAAUUUAAUUUCUAUUUUUUAUGGCAUUAUUUUGUACAUUCUUUUCACAAUGUGAAAUUCAUGGCUAAUAAACAUAAGAGUUUUUUCCUCUUGAC